AGUUGGGUUUUAUUUCAUUCAUUAGAUCAACGAGUGGUGUGCUGUCUGUGACGGUGAAUACUAACGUUUCCCAGAAUCACUAUAUAUUAGUACUGCCUUCUUCCUCUCCCACUAGUCGCUGGGUCAGUCUCGACGGCAAGCACGUUCUUCUUUGCACAACCUUUGCUGCUUCGUGUUGCGCUGGACGCUGCCGAUUACGGACUCUGCAGGAUUCCCUCCGCACGUUCAUCUACCUUUUAGUAUUAUUACCUCUACCGUGCGUACGACUCGAAGCCCGUUUUCAACUUCUCCUCUCACGAAACAAGAAGAAGAUGAGCUACGAUCGCGCCAUCACCGUCUUCUCCCCCGACGGUCACCUCUUCCAGGUGGAGUACGCGCAGGAGGCCGUCAAGAAGGGCUUAGCCGCCGUCGGCGUGCUCGGCGCUGACAGCGUUGUCAUUGCGGUGGAGAGGAAGUCCGCCGUGAAGCUGCAGGACAGCCGCACGGUGCGUAAGAUUUAUAAGGUCGACGCGCACAUCUACCUCGCCUUCGCCGGGCUCUCCGCGGAUGCGCGUGUGCUGAUCAACAAGGCACAGCUCGAGUGCCAGCGCUUCUCCCUGAAUUACGAGGACACGAUGGAUGUGGACAUGUUGGUUCGCUACCUGGCCGGCGUCCAGCAGAAGUCGACGCAGAGCGGUGGGAGCCGGCCGUUUGGUGUGGCCACGGUGGUCGGGGGUUUCAACGAGGACGGCAAGCCGCAUUUGUGGAAGACGGACCCGUCCGGCAUGUGCUCCGCCUGGCGCGCCGUCGCGAUCGGCCGGCACGACCAGACGGUGAUCGAGUACAUGGAGAAGAACUACAAGGACGGCAUGUCGCGUGACGAGUGCGUCCACUUUGCGAUCAAGUCCCUCUUGGAGGUGGUGGAAAGCGGCUCCCGCAACAUCGAGCUGCUGGUGCUGUGGCACAAAGACGCCCGGUACCUUUCUGAGGAGGAGUUGCAGAAGUUCGUGGUGGAGGUAGAGAAGGAGCGCGAGGAGGAGGCCGCGAAGAGGAAGCGCCAGGCGGAGCAGGAGUAG